AUGCUCCAGCUGGAAGGCGCAAAGUGCAGUUUCCUGUUCUGCCUGGGAAUAUGCAUGCUCAUCUGCGCAGUCAUCUACCUGAAGGCCAUGGCUGGCACAGAUCCCCAGGGUCAGAGUGGGCCCCUGGGCUGCAGGCCAUUCUCUAAGUACUGCCAAGCUUUCCUCCCCAGCACCAAGGGCUCAACAGCAUGGCAACGCCAUGACUGCCAGGUGGAGAGCUAUCUUCUGAGUAUGGGAAGUCGAGGUGGGGACCGGGACUGCUCCCGUCUGGUGAGGGAGCUUCACUUCAUCACCAGCCCGCUGAGCCGGGAGGAGGAAGACUACCCUCUGGCCUUCAUCCUCACUGUCCACAAGGAGCUGGAGCUGUUGGUGCGCCUGCUUCGGGCCAUCUACAUGCCGCAGAAUGUCUACUGUAUCCACGUGGACGCCAAGGCUCCGCGGGAGUACAGGGAAGCCGUGGAAAGCCUUGUGAGCUGCUUUCCCAAUGUGUUCCUGGCCAGCCACAGCGAGAUGGUGACCUAUGCCGGGUUCUCACGGCUGCAGGCCGACAUCAACUGCAUGAGGGACCUGGCGGCAUCGCCUGUGCCCUGGAGGAAGGUGCUCAACUUGUGCGGCCAGGACUUCCCUGUAAAGAGCAACCUGGAGCUGGUGCGCUACAUGCAGAGCAAGGAGUGGAGGGACAGGAACAUGACCCCGGGCAUCAAGCAGCCUGCGGCUAUGAGGCACCGGACUCAGCUGCAGUACAGAGAAGUCAGGGGCUCCCACGUGGCCCCCAAGCGCGGAGGCCCAAAGAAAGGUGCUCCGCCCCACAGGCUUCAGAUGUACUUUGGUACAGCCUACUACGCACUAACCAGGACCUUUGUGGAGUUUGUACUGAGGAGUCAUGUGUCCAGAGACCUGCUAGAGUGGUCCAAGGACGCAUUCAGCCCAGAUGAGCACUACUGGGUGACGCUCAAUCACAUUAAAGAAGCGCCAGGAAGUCAUGUAGGAGGCGGCUGGGGUGGCGAGAUCCGGACAAUCAAAUGGAGGGAUCAAGAGGGGACUGUACACAAUGGAUGCAAAGGCCACUAUGUUAGGGACAUCUGCAUCUAUGGUCUGGAGGAUUUGAAGUGGAUCAUCGACAGAAACAGCAUGUUUGCCAACAAGUUUGAGAGCAAGGCCUUCCCAGAAGCGUUGGACUGCCUGGAGCAGUGGCACAGAGACAAGGUCCUGCAGCAAGCCAUGGUUCCCAUCCAGUCAUGGUGGCAACUUGCCACGCAAGGCAAUGCCACCUCUCUUUUCAAUGCCACGGUAGGACUUUGACGAGGUUGUGGGGUUCUUCCUGUCCAAAAUGGAUGUAGUUCUCCCAAUAGUUGUUGGUUAUUGUAUCACUUCAGAGGGCUGUACUAAAAGUGUGCUGCUUGAGCCUUGAUGCAUUUCUGUUGGUUCGUUUAGAUCAAAUCUCGAGAAAGUCACUGCUUGGACACGCAAUCAAAAGCUAAGCGACAAUUACCUAACAUUCUUCUCUAUUCGUAGGAAACUGUUUGCGAGGGGAGCAGGGAAGACUUGUUAUUGACAUAUCUCAGUUGUCCGGAAACACUUUGUGGUAAAUUUAGGCUCUGUGUAUCACUAAGAGGCACAGUGGCUGAUGCAACCAUAAUCACUAAAGAAUUCACAAGUCUCCCCCCACGUCAAACAAGGACCUUUACUGACCUGUGGUGCACUUUGACAACAGAACCACAUGGGCCACUGUACUAAAGACAUUUGUCAACCUUUACAGAAAAAAACAGACAGCUCUGUGGACAUGGUUGCUUAGAUGUGUCAUAACAACUGGCCACUGUACCUAAGAAACUCUGCAAACCUUUACAAGGGAGAGCAAUACAGAGCUCUCUGGACAUGGCUACUUAAAUGUGGGAACUUGAAUAUUGCCAGUUCAACAACAACUCACUCACACUCGAUUACAUGUUAAGAAUAAUCCAUUUAAAAGUUUUUUAUUUUAUUUUACCUUUAUUUAACCAGGCAAGUCAGUUAAGAACACAUUCUUAUUUUCAAUGACGGCCUGGGAACAGUGGGUUAACUGCCUGUUCAGGGGCAGAACGACAGAUUUGUACCUUGUCAGCUCGGGGGUUUGAACUCGCAACCUUCCGGUUACUAGUCCAACGCUCUAACCACUAGGCUAACCUGCCGCCCCUUGUGUGAUUGCCUAUUGCAAAUAAAGUGGCACUCAUUUUAUGACAGCUUUACAUAUGUUUGUCUGUGAUUGUUAUGUUGUAAAUGUGAACAUUAAGUUAAUGCUGCCACUUCAGAUAACUGACAUUUUUUCUUGUACUGUACCCAAUGAUUUAUGAAAACUUGCUUGACGGGUCAAUGUCCUCAUUGUGGUUUCACAGUCUUGUUUAAUAUAUUAUGUACACACUAUUAGAAUAGUUAUGAAAUACACCUUGUUAUAUUUGGUAACAUAUGCUUGUUUUCCUUAUACUCCAAUCUCAAAAAAUGUAAAACACUGACAAAAGCUCUGACGAAGGCCUUGAGGCUGAUAUGUAAAGCUUAACAAAGAGCAGUAAACAGGUGUGUUUGUUAAAAGGUAAAAAUGUUGCGUGUGCUAAUCAUGACCCGUUAAAAUGGUUUCCUAUUUGUUUUGCAACUACUUCAAAAAUAGGUUAAUAAUUAUUUAAAGUUACAUUAAAAAAAGUCCCACUGUUCUUUGAUAAUUUCAACUACUGCUAAAUGAUACCCUCUGAGCUUAGUACUGGCAAAGUACAACUGUAUAAUAAGCCAAAUAGGCUUAAACAUUUGCACUGACAUUAAAUAUUGUUACAUUGUGUAUGUUGUCAAUUUAAGAGAACAGGGUACAAUAAAUGUGAACUGCCACUGACAUCGAACCAUAUUUCAAUUGAUUUCAAGAAAUGUAACAUAUUAAGGGCUUGAAAGUGGAAAUCGUACAGCAUGCACUUUUUUUUAUACCCAGAACAUGUUUGUUCACUGUAAAGGAAGUUUAGCUAUUCACUGAAAUUCCCAAAUGCUUUGAAUACAUAAAACAUUUGUUAUAAAUUCACUUGG